AGUAUUUUUGUACUCUGUUGCGGUUCUUUCGCUGUCAUAUCUGUCAUGGAUCUUAUUUUCUCGUGUUACUUAUUUAUCUAUUUCCUACACGUUUUGAUUGUAAAUUAAUCUAGUUUUCUAAUUUUACGCUAUUAAAUUGAAACAAUGUCUGACGUCCCAGAUCUAAGCAGUGAUGAAGAAAAUUUCGAAGAUGAUGAUUGGCAAGAAAUGGAGACGAGUAAUAGCUCGGUAAUGUGUUUAUUUUGUACCGACAUUUUUACGUCUGUCGAAGAAGGUCUAAAUCACUGUGAAACUGCUCAUAACUUUGUUUUAAGUUCCUUAAAAUUAAAGUUUAACAUGGAUUGUUACUCGUACAUCAAAUUAAUAAACUAUAUAAAGUCACACAAGCCAAACCCCGAAGACAUUUUGAAUACAACAAAACCUCUUUGGGAUGACGAAAAGUAUUUGAAACCUGUAGAAAAUGAUGAUUGGUUAAUGUUCGACUUUGAUUCUCUUAUCGAUAAGCCGAAUUCUCCAAAAACAUACCAUGCUAAUGUUGAAAAUGGUUUGGUGACAUUAUCUCAAACACACUUCAUUGAACUUCAAAGGACUAUUCAAACGUUGACCGAACAACUCAACGAGACUCAAACUCACCUACAAAUGGCUAAGGAAGAUAUAAAUAAAAUGCAAGAAUCAAUGAAGACUCUUGUUGAUGGAGGCAACCCAAACGGUGAUGACAGUGAGAAAAAUGUUGUUGUCAAUUGUGUAUCUAAGUUGCCUUUAGAAGAUGAUGAAGGAUAUUUCAACACAUAUGCUCAUUUUGGUAUACAUUAUGAUAUGUUAUCAGACAAAGUGCGGACAGAAAGUUAUAGAGAUGCUAUUUUAAAUAACAAAGAAACUAUAAAAGGUAAGGUUGUUUUAGAUCUCGGAUGUGGCACGGGGAUUUUGUCUAUGUUGUGUGCAACAGCCGGAGCUCAAAGAGUGUAUGCAUUAGAUCAGUCUGAAAUUAUAUAUCAUGCAAUUGAUAUUAUCAGAGAAAACAAUUGGCAAAAUGUUGUUAAAACUAUUAAAGGCCGGUUAGAGAAUACAAAGUUAGAUGAAACACUUGAUAUAAUUGUUUCAGAAUGGAUGGGAUACUUUUUGUUGUUUGAAGGUAUGUUAGAUAGUGUUAUUUAUGCAAGGAAUAAUUAUUUGAAGCCUGGAGGGUUGUUACUACCCAAUAAAUGUAACAUCAGUCUGGUUGCAAACGGAGAUAUUGAUACUCACAGUAAGCUUAUCAACUUUUGGUCAGAUGUUUAUGGAUACAAAAUGAAUUGUAUGAAGUCAGAGGUAGUUAGGGAAGCAAGUAUUGAUGUAGUCCAGUCUAAACAUAUAAUAUCUGAACCAUGUAUUGUUAAAGAAAUUGAUAUAAACACUUGCAAUACAGACAUAAUGGAUUUUACUUCUGAAUUUAAACUGACAAUUACUAAAGACGGGUUACUAACUUCACUUGUUGGCUAUUUUGAUACUUUCUUUGAUUUACCUAAUCCUGUUUCAUUUUCAACUGGUCCUGACAAAACUCCAACACAUUGGAAACAAACUGUAUUUUAUUUUAGAGAUUGUAGAGAGGUUAAACAGGGUGAUGUAAUUCAAGGUACAAUCAUCUGUAACCGACAAAAGACUGAUGUCAGAGCUUUGUCGGUGCAAAUAAAUGUCUUCGGAAAGGCACAUAAGUAUAUUCUUAGUUAGUAAACAUGCUUUUGUAAAUAUAUAUAGGUAGUCAUUAUUUUUAUAUUUUGUUUUGCUAUUAAAGUGUCUUUUUAAUUAGAUCUGUUUCAAAAUGUACCUCAUUGAAUGAUUUUAAAACAAAGUAAUUAUGAUGUUUGUAAUGUGGAUCCUGAUAAAUAAAAGGCAUAUUCUACGAAAA